UUGCGGGACUUUCAAAGUUUCUAUUUUGCUCUCUCCCUCCGGCGUUCCGGUUUUAAGUUUGUUGUGUAUAAAAUCCUUCUCCUCAGCUCCAAUUUCUCUCUCUCUCUCUCUCUAAAAUUUCCCAGUUUAUCAAUGGAAUUAUUACCAACCUCCUCAAGAUCUAUUCCUUCUCUCAUUCCCACCUUUCUCAGUUUCUCUCUCUAACCUUCUUCUUCGUCUCUGAUUCACCGCCAUGGCUUCUUAUUCUCUCCAUCUCCGCCGCCUCUACCCUCUCCACCUCCCCCGCCCCCACCGCCGCUCCUCUUCUCCCGCCGCCGAUCGCCUCCGAUCCUCUUCCGGCUUCUCGCCGAUACUUUCCCCGAUCACUCACGAUCCUAAGUUGAUUGGACUGCAAAGAGGUGGAUGUGGCUUUGGUCAUGGUCGUGUUUACUCUGGAGACUUUGACGUGGAUUUGGGGGAUACUUCGCCGGUUGAGGAUUGGGGACAUAACCAGGAAGGGGCUGCAGAGCACAUGAGUUUUUCGAGUGAUGGUGACGGUAGUGAUGCCGAGUAUGUUGUUUCUCCUCAGUCUUAUGUUGAUUUGCCUGCUAUCACUAAGCCAACUGAUGAUGCUAUAACUUUUAGUGCUUAUAGGCUUGCGGUGCUCGGGCACCAGCGCAAGAAACACAGGAUCAGACAAGGAGUAUUACUCAACACGGGACUGAUAAUGUUCUUAGUAGUGGUACUACUAUAUGUGGAUUGGUGCGCUUGGCGGAUUGUUCGACUACCUUUGGCACCCUUCCACUUGACUUGCCCGUUUAUUAUAUCAGCCGCUUUAGCCUCUUGUGCGGGAUAUGUUUGCGUUCCAUUGCUCUAUAGCUUGAAGAUUCAUCAAAUUAUCAGAAAUGAAGGUUCCAUAAGGCACUCCUUAAAAAAGAGAACUCCCACAAUGGGUGGACUGUUCUUUAUACCAGUUGGUGUAACUGUUGCAAGGUUCACUGCUGGUUUUUCUUCUGUUGAAGUAGCCGGAGCAACUACAGCAACUCUCGCAUUUGCUGCUAUUGGACUACUUGAUGAUAUCAUUUGCUUGAUCAAGAAUCAUGGUAGAGGUCUAUCUGCAUGGAUAAAAAUUGUUUUGGAGGUAGCUGUUGCAACAUGGUUUUCAUAUUGGUUGCAUACAACAAAUAUAUCAUCACCCUAUGGCAUGAAAAUGUUAGUUCCUCUACCUGCUCCACUAGGCAUUGUAUGGCUGGGAAAGUUAUAUCUGCUGUUGGCAUCAUUCUGUUUUGUUUCUAUGGGAAAUGGGGUGAACUUAACAGAUGGUCUUGAUGGGCUGGCUGGAGGGUCUGCUGCAUUGGCUUUUACAGGAAUGUCAAUUGCAGUACUUCCAAUAUGCUCAGACCUUGCAAUAUUUGGAGCGUCAAUGGCAGGAGCUUGUGUUGGUUUCCUUUUGCACAACCGAUACAAGGCAUCAGUGUUCAUGGGUGAUACUGGAUCCUUGGCACUUGGUGGAGGGUUGGCUGCAAUGGCUUGUUGCACGGGAAUGUUCUUCCCAUUGUUUAUUUCAUCUGGCAUCUUUAUCUGGGAAGCCUCAUCGAUUAUUUUGCAGGUAAUGUACUUUAAGACAACCAAACAGUUGCAAGGUGCUGGUCGUCGACUCUUCCGAAUGGCACCAUUUCAUCAUCACCUUGAACUAAGUGGACUUAGAGAGCCAGUCAUUGUUGGUGGUGCCUAUAUAAUAUCAUCUACAUUGUCGCUAGUUGCUGCCUACAUCGGUCUGAUAUCUGCUUAGCAUUCCGGAUGACUUUGGUUGUUACCAUUCUUUGUAGUUAGGCUCACUAAAAUCAUUUGUUGUUGUGUUCAUCUCCACUUUGUGUAAGGUCGGUUAUAUAUACUUGCAACGCAUUGCUGAGAGAAAUAGAAUAUACACGUGACAGUGAAACCUUGUAUAGUCCUGAACUUCCAUUUCUGAUAGAGAACUGAACACACAGCCUUUGAGCUAUUGAUUGCAAAACUGGCCAACAACUUUCUUUAC